AUGUGCACAAGCUAUUUUCGGCAUCAAGGUUUGGCAAGUCCACCCACAAGAAAUGGAUUUACUCUGAAGUGCCUCCCGAGCUUACGAAAUGGAACGCCGAUCCGUUCAAUUUUGGCAUUUGGUUUUGUGGUGAAAGGAUGCCCACAAACAGAAAUUGAGCUAGAAAAGAACCACCUCCCAAGUUUUGGGAAUAUGGCACCCAGCCGUUCGAAGUCGGCGUGCGGUUUUGUGGCAAAUAAGGUCCAUUGCCAGAAAUUGAGGCUUACAGGAACAACCCCCCGAGUUUUCGAAACGUAA